CCAGAAGUGGGCUGCGGCUCGGGAGCAGGCGGCGCGGACCAUGGUGCGCGGGAGGAUCUGCGGGCUGAGGGUACGCGACGUGCGCUUCCCCACGUCGCUCGGCGGCCACGGCUCGGACGCCAUGCACACAGACCCUGACUAUUCAGCUGCCUAUGUUGUAAUAGAGACUGAUGCAGGAGACGGGCUCAAGGGAUGUGGACUUACCUUUACUCUGGGAAAAGGCACUGAAGUUGUUGUCUGUGCCGUAAAUGCCCUCGCCCAUCAUUUGCUUCACAAGGACCUUGGGGACAUUGUCAGUGACUUCCGGAGCUUCUACAGGCAGCUCACAAGUGACGGGCAGCUCCGAUGGAUCGGUCCAGAGAAGGGGGUUGUACAUCUGGCAACGGCAGCUGUUCUCAACGCUGUAUGGGACCUGUGGGCUAAGCAGGAAGGCAAGCCUCUGUGGAAGCUACUUGUUGACAUGGAUCCCAAGGCACUGCUGUCCUGCAUAGAUUUCAGGUACAUCACCGACGCCUUGACUGAGGAGGAGGCCUACGAAAUAUUGCAGAAAGGCCGAGUGGGUAACAAAGAAAGAGAGGAGCAAAUGCUGACCUGCGGCUACCCCGCCUAUACCACGUCGUGCGCCUGGCUGGGGUACUCGGAUGACACACUGAAGCAGCUCUGCACCGGGGCACUGAAGGACGGCUGGACAAGGUUUAAAGUGAAGGUUGGUGCUGACCUCCAGGAUGACAUCCGCAGAUGCCGCCUGAUCCGAGACGUGAUUGGACCCCACAACACUUUGAUGCUGGAUGCCAACCAGCGCUGGGAUGUGCCCGAGGCAGUGGAGUGGAUGCUGAAGCUGGCUGAGUUCAAGCCCCUGUGGAUCGAGGAGCCAACCUCCCCAGAUGACAUUCUUGGUCACGCCGCCAUCGCCAAGGCGUUGGUCCCACUGGGAAUCGGCGUUGCAACGGGAGAGCAGUGCCACAACAGAGUGAUGUUUAAGCAGCUCCUACAGGCCAAAGCCCUGCAGUUUCUCCAGAUUGACAGCUGCAGACUGGGAAGUGUCAACGAAAACCUCUCAGUGUUACUGAUGGCCAAAAAGUUUGGCAUUCCUGUUUGCCCCCAUGCUGGUGGCGUUGGCCUCUGUGAGCUGGUACAGCACUUGAUUCUAUUUGACUACAUAUCAGUUUCUGCAAGCCUUCAAAACAGGAUGUGUGAAUAUGUUGACCACCUCCAUGAACAUUUCAAGUAUCCUGUGACCAUCAAGAAGGCUUCUUACAUGCCUCCAAGGGACGCUGGCUAUUCAACAGAAAUGAAGGAGGAAUCUGUAAACGAAUACCAAUACCCAGAUGGUGAAGUCUGGAAGAAACUCCUUGCUGCUCAAGAAAAUUAAGUGUUCAACCAGAACAAAUUUUUCUUUAAGUGAAAAGUUUUAAAAUUAUGAAAGGAGGAAAAAAAUCUUAUCCUCUCAAUCAAGAUUAAUUCAACUACAAGUCAUAGUAACCUCAGCAAUCAGCUCAUUUUUACCUGAUUCUUUUAGCAAAUAACUGUAUUCUCAUAUAUUUCUUAAAUGAAUUAAAACUUACCUAAUCCAAAAUCCAGAAAGACGUUAGUUCAACAUUCCUAUCAAGUGUUGUACCUAAACAUUAAAUGGUACUUGAGAAUAAGUAACAUAUGACAUUGUUUGCUGGAACAAUUCCUUAUUCUAUUUAACACUGGUCCUAAAUUUUAGCAGAAUAAAAAUAGUUCUGCAGCACUGCCGGAUGUCUCAUGUACAACAAAGGUAAAACAUUUCACUGAUUAGCCUCAAAAUGCUCUAGCCUCUCUUCAGUCGCUCAGCACAUUAGAGGAAACACACCACAGUGAAACCCAAUGAGGUCAGUGUUAUUUCAUAGAUUGUUUUUUUCCUAUAACCCUUCAAAAAUUCUUGACCUAAAUGGUCAUUGUAUUUUCGUUCCAAAAAGCAACUGGACUUAAAUGAAUUUUUGCUUCCUGGAUUAAACCAUCAUCAGGUGAACAAGAGGAAAGGGAUGAAGAACUUAACAAUUUAAAGUUAUAUUACAUGCUCAUUACUGAUUGAUAUUGUGAAUUAGGCACCAAAAAUGAUGGUUAUACAUCUUAACUUUCUCUUGCACAGGCAAAGUAGUUUAUUUUAGGCAGGAACUGGGCUGACAGGACAAUACAGAAUAAAACACUGAUGAGGGUGGAACAUGGCUUUAUUAUAGCAAUGUAUCAAACAAAUGUAACUAAGUGUUCAUAAGCACACUAUCCAUUAAGCAUUCAGCUCCCUAAAAUUUGAGGAAGUCGUUUAUAUAAUUCUUGAAAUUCACUGACCUUCUUUAUAAAAA